GGUCACUCAGGCGGUAUUCGUUCUGGUACUAGAUAUGCCUUCUCACGGAAGUUCCGUGAGAAGGGUAUGAUUCGCCUUUCCACAUAUCUUAAGCAAUACAAGUACGCUAUCUCCAUCUGUUUGAGAUCUUGAGGGCUAGCAACUUAUAAUUUCCAAAAUAGGGUCGGAGAUAUCGUCGACAUCAAAGCCAAUGGAGCUGUUCAGAAGGGGUUAGUUCACUGCCCAGAUUAAGCCAGAACUCUAUGGAUGCGAGGGGUCCCGAUUCGAAUCUAUCUCUAUCGACGGGGGGCUCACGGGGUUUGGCCGGCUAUGCUGACCUGCGAUAUAGUAUGCCCCACAAGGUCUACCACGGAAAGACCGGUGUCGUCUACAACGUCACCAAGUCCGCCCUAGGUGUUAUUAUCUACAAGAAGGUCGGAAACCGUUACUUGGAGAAGCGUGUAAACGUCCGCAUCGAGCACGUCAACCACUCCAAGUGUCGACAAGAGUUCUUGAACCGUGUCAAGGGGAACGCUGCCAAACAGAAACAAGCUAAGGAGGACGGAACCCAUGCUUAUCUCAAGAGACAGCCAGUUCAGCCCCGCGAGUCUCGUACCGUCUCCACCCAGGACAACCUCCCAGAAACUGUUACUCCCAUCCCUUACGAGACAACUAUU